AUGGCAAGAAAAUACAUGGAGCGACGACUAUCUAAACCACAUCGCACCACUAUACCCACGAGUUUCAAAGUGCAGGAGCCCUUUGAAUUCUACAACAAAGCAACUCCUUUUGUUCAACGGACACUUCUAUUUGUUGCUGACGAAAAUUCAGGGCCAAAGCAAAAUGAAGAACGAAAGUGCGAAUCGCAAGAAUCCACAGAUGAAACGCCUGGCACGUCUAAAUCGGAACAAGAAAAAUCACCUAAGAAAAACUCGUUUUUCUUCUCUCCCUCGAAAAGUUGCAAGAUUCAUGGCCGCUUUUUCCGCCUUCCGAGUCCUAAGAAGAAGGCUGAGCCGGGCGAUGUAGCUAGUAACCGUGGGGCGGCGGGGGGACUUAUCAGCUAUGCCCCGGGAUGGUCCUUGAAGGGUGAACAUCUUAUGAAAUGGCAGGAAUCUGGAAAAACAACCAUAGAGGUGACUGAGCAAGUGGCUUUGUAA